GUGAUGGGACCGCGCUUCAUAAAUGGGACCAGAGCGAGAGCGAGCCAGAGACGGCGCGAGCGGAGGGAGAGACAGGGACAGUGCCUGCGGGGCGAGGCUACGGACGCCCGGCCUGGCGGUGACCCGCAGCCCCACGCCCGGCCAGGCGGGGCGAGCAGGAGGACCCGGUGAAGAGUCUGGCAAAGAAGCGAGGCUUGCUGGCUGCGGGAGCGGAGGGGCGCCAGUCCCGAUCCCUGUCGCGGGCGGCGCUGGAGGCAGGGGACGGCGGCGGGCGGACAGCGCGGACCGACUGACUUACUGACCGACGACAGAGGCACACCCCGCUCCUCCCCACCCGGCCUCGCCCUCAGCCCGGCGGCGGCGCCACCUCCCGCCCGCUACUCCCUCGGCCAUCCCUUCCCUUUCCACUUCUUUUCCUCCUCCGCCUUUCCUUGGCUCGCGCGGCGCGGGUGCUUUCCUCUGGCCGGGGCGGGGCUCCUCGGCUCCCUGCAGAGCUCUCGAUAGAGUCCGGGGAACAUUGCUUUCUGGUGGAGAAGCAGCCCCUGCGCUGGGCAAGAGGUGCCCAGGGAGAUUCUCCCCCGAGGACCGGGGGAUGCGAAGGGAUUCCUGGCAGAGGGUCUCUUUCUCAGUCUUUCUGCGUCUGGUCUAACUGAAGACGGAGGUUAUGAAGUCGAUCCUGGAUGGCCUUGCAGACACCACCUUCCGCACCAUCACGACAGACCUCCUUUAUGUGGGCUCCAAUGACAUUCAGUACGAAGACAUCAAAGGUGACAUGGCAUCCAAACUAGGGUACUUUCCGCAGAAAUUUCCUCUUACUUCCUUUAGGGGAAGUCCGUUCCAAGAGAAGAUGACUGCGGGAGACAACGCCCAGCUAGUCCCAGGAGACCCGGCAGCGAACAUUACCGAAUUCUACAACAAGUCUCUUUCCUCCUUCAAGGAAAAUGAGGAAAACAUUCAGUGUGGGGAGAACUUCAUGGACAUGGAGUGCUUCAUGAUUCUGAACCCCAGCCAGCAGCUGGCCAUCGCUGUGCUAUCCCUCACGCUGGGCACCUUCACGGUUCUGGAGAACCUGCUGGUGCUGUGUGUCAUCCUCCACUCCCGCAGCCUCCGCUGCAGACCUUCCUACCACUUCAUCGGCAGCCUGGCAGUGGCAGACCUCCUGGGCAGUGUUAUUUUUGUCUACAGCUUCGUUGACUUCCACGUGUUCCAUCGCAAAGAUAGCCCCAAUGUGUUUCUGUUCAAACUGGGCGGGGUCACAGCCUCCUUCACCGCCUCGGUGGGCAGCCUGUUUCUCACCGCCAUUGAUAGGUACAUUUCGAUUCACAGGCCCCUGGCCUAUAAGAGGAUCGUCACCAGGCCCAAGGCGGUAGUAGCCUUUUGUCUGAUGUGGACCAUAGCAAUUGUGAUCGCAGUGCUGCCCCUUCUGGGAUGGAACUGCAAGAAAUUGCAAUCUGUCUGCUCAGACAUUUUCCCACUCAUUGACGAAACCUACCUGAUGUUCUGGAUUGGCGUCACCAGUGUGCUGCUGCUGUUUAUUGUGUAUGCGUACAUGUACAUUCUCUGGAAGGCCCACAGCCACGCAGUCCGAAUGAUUCAGCGAGGCACCCAAAAGAGCAUCAUCAUCCACACGUCGGAGGACGGGAAGGUACAGGUGACCCGGCCAGACCAAGCCCGCAUGGACAUUAGAUUGGCCAAGACCCUGGUCCUGAUCCUUGUGGUUUUAAUCAUCUGCUGGGGCCCUCUGCUUGCGAUCAUGGUGUAUGAUGUCUUUGGGAAGAUGAACAAGCUCAUCAAGACUGUGUUUGCCUUCUGCAGCAUGCUGUGCCUGCUGAAUUCCACCGUGAACCCCAUCAUCUAUGCUCUGAGGAGCAAGGACCUGAGACAUGCUUUCCGGAGUAUGUUUCCCUCUUGCGAAGGGACUGCACAGCCUCUGGAUAACAGCAUGGGGGAUUCAGACUGCCUGCACAAACAUGCAAACAACACAGCCAACGUCCACAGGGCUGCAGAGAGCUGCAUCAAGAGCACUGUCAAGAUUGCCAAGGUGACCAUGUCUGUGUCCACAGAUACAUCUGCUGAGGCUCUCUGAGCCUGAUGCCUCCCUGGCAACACAGGAAAAGAAAUAACACCUCCCCCCUCCCCUUUUUUUUAAAAGUUCAAAAUCCAAAAGAGUCUGUCAUCUCAUCGAUUAUAUAUUUUUUUAUGUUUACCAUGUGCAGUGAAAAGGUGGCUAUCACCGUGAUCAGUUAUCAGUUCUCUAACAUUUCAGUAGUGUAGGUACUCAAACUCACUUCUCCAGAGGUUUGUGCUGAAGAAAGCGUGUGAUUUAUGUGACUGAAAAGUCCUUCAGAGUCUUAAUGAAACAGGAGAGAAACCGUUGGCUAUAGAAUUUGACAUCCAAGUAACCAUAGAAAAAUGCCAUCAUAUGAGUAAUGCCUUUUAACCACAACUUUCAUUAUAAUGUGAAAUGUAUUUGUUAAUCAGUAUCAGAGAUGGCCAUUUUUACAAGUUAGAAUACUUACAGUAGAGCUAUUUUGUACAACGUAUCGUGUCCUGUGAGAUGUGUAUCAGUGUUUACUAUGUGUUAUUUAUAUUUGUCUAGUACAGUAAAACUGAAAGGUAGAUUUAUGUGAGAACAGUGGAAUACAAACAGUAGACUUAUGUCAAUGUGAUCACUUUUUAACAAAAUUUUGCCCUUGAUAUAACAUUAGAAACCUUAAUAUUUUUUC